GGUGGUUUUAAUGCAUCAACUAUUCUUGGCAACGACAGUAGAUACUUGCAGAAUUUGACGUUGUUUUUGGAGCCCGUGAUCAAUAGCUCAGUCCGUAGUAGGUUUGUGAGGUGUUGGCACGCUAAAGAGGACGGCUGGGCGGCGUCUACGUUCCACGGCAACUGUGAUGACAAGGGACCCACUGUAACUAUCAUUCAAGUCGGCAGUUUUAUAUUUGGUGGAUACAGUGCCGUAACCUGGAAAAGCCCACCGCGUGAGUACAUGUACUAGGAGAAUCAGGAAUUGUUUAUUUUGCUUGCUAACAAUAAAGAACGAUAAAAUAGUACAGCGGCUUUUGGCUUGAUGUUUUUCUGUUUAAGUUCAACUCAAGGCGAGAAAGUAAUUCCUCAGCAAUCAGAAUUGGGCAUUUUCAUGAUGACGUCACUUGAAUACAACUACCAGAAGUUUGUUUUUCUCUAAUUCACAAAUUGAAAUAAAUUAUCCGGUCGGGUUUAAAUCUUAUAAGAAUCGAUUUUGAAAUACAUUUUAAAACAAAAGUCAGUGAUAAAAAAGAUGCUUGUCUUCAUGUCUUCAUUUUUAACGAUAAUAUAUACUUCCACGAAUCAUGUUAAUUUCAUAUCUUUUGAUAAUGAUGACAUGAAACCAUCGAAACGUCAAUUUACUUUUUUAUCGUUGAUUUCAGGUUUAAAUCACAACAUCAAUAAACAAAAUCUUGCAAAAUUUGGUUUCGCCCUGUCCUUACAAAAACCCAUCAAGGGGCCACUCCACAGGAGAGGACGCCUCUGGUACCAGCCUAAUUUUACUAAAUUAUCUUUAAAGUUCUCUAACUAUGUAGUGCGGACUCUUUUUAAUGAAGCAAAGUGUGGCUUAAGAACUACCCCCCGGGUCACGGUAGUCAGGAGGAUAAAAAGGAAAAUUUUUCCAUUGUAAAAAGCUAAUGUUGUAAUCACAUCCAUGAACAUUCAUGACCAAAAUUACCUUUAAAAGCUAAAUGAAACACGGAAUCAAGUGGUUCAGCCAUGCAGAGGUUGAAAAAAAAAAUGUAUUAGAUGCAUGUGUGAUACCGUCUGUCAUUUGUAUUUUAUGGACUUCAAGUAGGUUUCAGGUUCUGUCAUAAUUCGAUAGAUCUGAAUUUAGUUACGAUUCUAGUUUGCAUAAAUCUCUUUUCAGGACAAAAACCCUGCUCUUUUCUACUAACACUGAGGGAUUCCAGUUUAGGGAGAGCUCCCUUUCUGCUCAUAGUAGUUUGUUACUGCAUUAAAACUGCCUAAUUUUCUAGAAUAAUUUGCUCCUCCCCCAGUAAUUUCAAAGUCACUACAGUGUCAUUACUGCACUCAGCAAGACAACAAAUGGAUGUGUGGCUCAUGACACUUUUUUAGGAAUAGUGAAAAAUUUACACAAAUACAGCAAAUUUUAAAAAUUACAGUAAUGCAUGAUUUGUCUAGGAAUCUUUGUAUGUCAAGCUGGACUUGCACUCACUAUUUUAAACUGAGGUCCGGAUAAUUGAAUAUUCCUAGAAGUUAAUUUUUUAUGAGCGCCUUUAGUAAGGUCAGUAAGAAUUGUAAAAUGUCGUUAUUAUCUCCCAGGUCUUUGUUCCACAGGAUCUUCAAGUAAAGCCUUUAUCUACUCACUGACCAAUAACAACGGUUCUGGACACGCUGUGUACAAUCCCGUUAAGCUGCGAGUCAAGCCUGCUAGGUACAAUCAAGCUGUAGCCAGGUGUGAUUCAUCUGGACCAAGAUUUGGCUGGAAAGAUAUUCGCAUAUCAAACAACGCUGCUAGUAACCAGGUGUCUCGUACUUAUUGUGGCGGUCACUACCCCCUCCCCCCAGGGUAUUCUUUAUCUGGUCCUAACUGUACAUUCUAUGCUGGAAGCUCCAGAUUCACGCCAACAGAUAUCGAAGUAUUCUAUGAAACAACCACAUAA